CCACAUAAGUUGUUCGACAAAAUAACCAAACAUAAACUUUGUUUGGUCACAGAACUGAGUUCCAGAAUAACAAAGCAUCAGUCUUUUUAUAUGGCUACCCAUGCAGCUAUUAGGCCUCACAGGAUCAAGUCUGCGUCGGAGCUAAUUGAUCGGUACUAGACUCAUUAUAUCAUCCGUUGAUCCAUCCGUCUAUGGCCAAACUAUCAAUCUAUGUGCUGCUUUGUUACUCUUACAAGCUUUUUUGGUUUAGCCAAAAGAUGUCGAAGAAUUCAACGAGGAACUGUUGUUGAAGUCUUUGCCUAAUCCAAAAGUGUUAGCGCAUUUCCUUUUCAAGAGUCGAGCUUCUUUCCUGUCAAACGCCAAUGGCCACCAUCGGUCCAUCACCAUCUCUUCCGCAAAGUUAUUUUUCAGUUGGUAAAUACUCUAUCAGUUUCUCUUUAGUUGUCAUUUUAGGUUUAUGUACACAUAUCAAAAAAAUAUUUAAUUUUGCAUAUUUUCAAAAUAAAUCAUCAUUACUUAUACACCUAACUAUAUUUCAACCAAUAGAAAAAUAAAAUGGAAAAUAUUGUUAAUAAAUUUUGCAUUGAAAACAUAAUACGACACUCAAAACGAAACAAAAUUUUAACUCUAAAGAGACAACUAAUAUGAAACGGAUGAAGUAACAUUUUAAACUAUUGUUUAGUUGAGGUUGGAAAGUAGUACGGUGAAGAAAAUUUCAUUUUCUUUAGUGGAAGUAACAUGUUUCCUGUUUUCUUGUGGACAUGUUUUGUUUUUGUUUUUCUUACCUUGAAUUAUGGAAGAAACUAAACUGUGUCAAAAAAAUUGUUUCAAAAUUUUCUAUUUUUAAUGCAUUAUUUAAUGGUAAACUAUAAAUUAAAAAAAAAAACAUAAUUUUGUUUAUUGAAAAUAGUAAACUUCAAAAAGCAUAAUUGCAUUUAUUAAAAUUUUGUUGAUUAAAAGUUACAGGAAUUUUUUUUUCAAAGUUAUGGGAAAUAAAUCUUUUUGGAUCAAAUUUAUGGAAAAUAGUUUUCUUGUCAAAGUUAUAGGAAAUAGUUUUUGUGGUCAAAGUUAUGGGAAAAAGUUAAUUACAAAAAAUAAUGCAUUGAUAAUCAAAAUUUUAAAACAUAUUUUUUAAACAAAGGAAAAAUCGUUAGUGCCUUUCACAACCCCUGAUUCUAGCAUGCCUUACAACGUGAUCUUGCUCACAAGCCGUGUUUGUUCUCUGUAUUUCAAAGAAUUGCUUUGUCUCUUCCAUAUACGUGUAGAUGAAAGUGAAAAAUCCCUGAAAAUUUAAGGUGGUUUGUCCGAUCCUUACAGGACAGCUUUGAGACCAUUUGAGGCUAAAUUAUCGUAACAAGUUCACCUUUUGAUUCUGAUUUUUAUCUUUCUUCAGCAGGAAAGAAGAAAGGAGGUGCGCUUAAGCAGUUGUUAUCAAGAAUCUCAGCCUAGAUCAGAGGGAGACCAGAAGCUGGUUCAUUGGUCUUCUCUUCUAUAAUUGUGUUUAUUGAAAAAUAGUAAACUGUAAAGUUCCAAAAACAUAAUUGUAUUUAUUAAAAUUAUGUCGGUUAAAAGUUAUGAAAAAUAGCUUUUUUUGUCAAAGUUAUGGGAAAUAGCUUUUUUUGGGUCAAAGUUAUGGAAAAUAGUUAAUUACAAAAAAUAAUGUAUUGGUAAUUAAAAUUUUAAAACAUAAUUUUUGAAACAAAGGAAAAAUGGGAUGUUGCAUUGCAUGGACUCACAAUGGAGCAGUACUCGUUAAUGGUCAAGUAUAUUUGUGUUUGUUAUAAAAUUCAUAAAAAAUACCAUCAAUUCUCCAUAAAAAAAAAAUCUUUGACUGAUGAGCCCUCCCCUCUUACAUUUAAAAGCUGUCUUCGUAUUUUCAUCUUCAUUCAGUAGUUUGCUUUAUAAAUACACAUCUCAUCCAAUCUCUGUAAUCAGUAUUUGAGAGCUCAGUGAUCUGAUCAAUUCGAUUAAAGUAAUGUCGACAAAGCAAAAUAGAGAAAGUGGAAGCACUAGUGUGAAGAAAGAAGAGAAAAAGGCCAAAGUUGAGUCGGCGUCAACUCAUGUAACUCUGAGAUUCAAGGGUCAGGACGAGGAGGAAAUCAGAGUUUUUAGGAUGAGAAGGAACGUCGAGAUGCGUAAAGUUAUGAAACGGUACGGUGAGACGAGAGGAGUGAAGUGGACAACGUUUGUUUUCAUAUUGAAGGAUGGCACGAGGAUUCGAGAGUCUCAUACACCUGAUGAGCUGGAGCUCAAGGAUGGAGCUAAAAUCGACGCAAUGCUGCAUCAUGAGGGAGGCGGUUACGGUCCAUCUUCUAUAAUAUUUUGAGUUGUUGAGUCUAUGUUGGUGAUGUAUCAGUCACAUAUCAAUAUGAAUAAACAGCUUGUUAUGCAUGUAAUAAAGGAAUAAGUUCGGUUGCUUAUGUAACACGAUUUGAAUCGAAUCAAAAGCUGGAAACUUUGAGGAAA